GGAAGUGAAAAGUCAAUAAAUAGUUUGUUAACCUUGUUGAGGCCUAAAAGGGGGGUAAAAAAGGGAGACUUGGAUCUGAAGAAACUCAGAGCUACUGCAAGAGAAGGAUCAACCCUAGGAAAUAAGCAGCAGAGGGGUUUCCCUGAAAUUAAACCUGUGGAAGGCCCCUGAAAUCCAGGAGAGAGGUGAAGCUGGUCUGAAAGGGAGAGAGAUCCUCUACAAAAAGAACACGCCCUUCCAUAAUGGAAAAUGCACAAAGGCAGGAAUUAGGGAGUAUCCAUGGAAUCCCUCUCUAUUCCUAUUUUGUGGAGAAGUGGGCCCAGGUGGACGCAUUCCAGGCCAGGCCAGACGACCUUCUCAUCUCCACCUAUCCCAAAUCAGGCACCACCUGGAUCAGUGAAAUUGUGGACAUGAUCUACAAUGACGGGGACGAGGAGAAAUGCAAACGGGAUGCAAUUUUCAAUCGAGUCCCUUUCAUGGAAAUGAGCUGCCCUGGAUUAAUAAGUGGCACGGAGCAGCUGGCCACGCUGCCAUCGGCUCGAAUAGUGAAGACCCACCUCCCAGUUCAGCUCCUCCCCGUCUCCUUCUGGGAGCAGGACUGCAAGAUGAUCUACGUGGCCCGAAACGCCAAGGAUGUGGCUGUCUCUUAUUAUCAUUUCUACCUGAUGGCAAAGAUGCAUCCAGACCCUGGCACCUGGAACGAGUUCCUGCAGACGUUCAUGGCUGGGGAAGGGAGGGUGGCUUACGGAUCCUGGUACGAUCACGUCAAAGGCUGGUGGGAGAAGAAGAAGGACUAUCGAAUUCUGUUCCUGUUCUACGAGGACAUGAAAGAGGAUCCAAAGCGUGAAACAGAGAAGGUGAUCAAGUUUCUGGGAAAGGAGCUGAAGAAGGAAGUGGUGGAUAAAAUCCUCCACCACACAUCCUUCCAGGAGAUGAAGAAGAAUCCUACUACCAACUAUGAAAUGAUGCCAACCUGGGCUAUGGACCACAGUGUGUCUCCAUUCAUGAGAAAAGGGAUGUCGGGAGACUGGAAGAAUUUCUUCACCGUGGCUCAGAAUGAGAUAUUUGAUGCGCAUUAUGAAGAGCAGAUGAAAGGCUCAACGUUCAGAUGCCAAAUGUAGACAAGAAGAAAGGGCUUCCCUAUGUUUCAUCAGAGACAUGCCAGCUGUCUACAUACUAAGUGAUCUAGAGUGCCUGGCCUUAAAUGAGGCUAUUCAUAUAACAGGCAUCAUGGACACUUGGUGGACUCAGGAUAAUCAAGGGGCUGUGGUAAUAGCAGGGUACAAAACAUGUAGGAAUGGUGGGAGAGUGGCACUUUAUGUGAAAGAAAGCACAGUCAAGUAAAGUAAAAAUCUAUAACGAAUCAAAUCCCCACGGAAUCUCUAUGGAUAGACAUUCCAUGCUCAAAAAAUGAGCCGAGCAGUAGGAAUAUGCUACCGACCACCUGACCAGGAAGGUGAUGGUGACUCUGAAAUGCUCAAGGAGAUUAGAGAGGCUAUGAAGACAGAACACGCAAUAAUUGUAGGGGGUUUCAACUGUCCUCAUACUGACUGGGUACACGUCACCUGAGAAGAGGAGGAUGCAGAGGUAAAAUUUCUCGACACGUUAAAUGACUACUUCUUGGUGCAGCUUGUCCUGGAACCUCAAGGAGAAAGGCAAUUCUUGAUUUUAAUCCUAAGUGGAGCGCAGGAUAUGGUCAAAAGGUGACUACAGCAGAACUAUGAAGUAAUAGCAAUCAUAAUGUAAUUAAAUUUAACAUUCUUGGAGGGCAGAAAAUGCCAAAGAAACCAAUCACAAUUGCAUUUAAGUUCAAAAGAGGAAACGACACAAAACUUAGCAACAGUGACAAGAGUGAAAUGCCUGCAAACUGCAUGAAGACUAUUUACAUGUGCCAUAACUGAGGUUCAAACUAAAUGUACUCCCAAAUUAAAAAAACAAACAGUGAAAGGACCAAAAAAAAAAAUCUACCAUGGUUAAACAUCAGAAUAAAAGAGAUGGUUAGAAGCUAAAGGUCAGCCUCUAAAAAUUGGAAGUGAAGUCCUAGUGAGGAAAAUGGAAAGGAGCAUAAACUCAACCGAGACAAGUAUCAAAGAAUAAUAUGACAGACCAAGAAAGAAUUUGAAGAGCAACUAGCUAAGGAAACAAAAAUUAACAGGAAUUUUUAUUUAAAUACAUCAGGAGCCGAAAGCCUGCCAAACGGUCAGUGGAACUACUGGAUAAUUGUGUUUCCAGAGAAGUAAUCCGAGAUGACAAAGCUGUCUCAGAGAAGCUAAAUUAAUGUUUGAAUUGCUCCACACCACAGAGGAUGUGGGGGAGAUUCCCUGUGCCAUUCUUCUUAGGUGACAAAUCAGAGGAGCUGUUGAUUGAGUUGUCAGUAGAGGAGGUUUUGAAACCAACUAGUAAAUUAAACAGGAGUAAGACACCAGUUUGUAAGCUGAUUGUUGUACUGGUGGGAGACACGAACUUUUGAGCGGACACAGAAGUUAGCCCAAUGAGAGAUAUCACCUUCCCCACCUUGUCUCUCUUUGUGAACUAUUGUGCAUUGCACCCCCAUUCUCGAGACUUCCCUUCUUAUUCUGUGGUACAACGAUCAGCUGAAAAACUGCCCCUUUCAUAGAGAACAAAGCUCUGUCUUUAAUUGCCAGUCACUGAUUUAAUAUUCAGAAUCUCCACUGCACUGGAAAGCUGAAGAACUGAGGACAGUUUAGUUGGGGGCUUUUAAUCAGUUGAUGGGAGGCAGCGAUCCCUUUCUGAGCAGUAGCUCUUAUACCCAGGCAGGCUUUAGCCUUCUGCUUCCAAGCUGAUCUCACAUCCUGUUUAGUGCUGAGAACUCCCGUCUAUGAAAAAAAUCUUUGAUCUCCAGUCAAAAAUCCACUUCUUGGAAAUCCAGGCGAGCCAGCCUCUCGUUCUUGGAAGGCAAAUGCUGCAACCUAGUGCUGGGGAAGAGAAAAGAGCACAGAUGAUCCUAGAAAACAGCUAGUGAAGUAGAAAAGCUGCUGGAAGCCCACAAGUAGGAUUGGGAUCCUAGUCUCCGAGCAAGGAAAAAGCCUAUGGCAAAGCCAACUGAAUACACUGUAAGUUCCCCAGCUUUGCAGCACAAAGGGGUUUUUAACUUUGGAUCAGAGCAUAGUGUUUAUAGCAACAUGGGUUUCUUAUCAGUGAAAUGGGAAGUUCCGAUGAGCUGAGAAAUUGGAAUGAAAGCCAGUCAAUAGCAGCCUUUGGAAGAAGGACUCUGUGGUGAGUUUUAUGAUGCAGUCAGGGAGGCAGAAAUGAGUAUUUUGAAUUAAGAAACUUGUGACCCAGAGAUCUCUGCAUGUCAGCUGGCAGGGAGGACAGAGAAAUGCAUGGGGAUUUUUUUUUUUACAGGGAUUCCUGAGUCGGGUGUGUGGAAUAGUUCACCAAAGCGGGCAUGUGGGCUCUUAACCAAUGGACUAGGAAAAUCACAGCAAAAUGUGUGUACAGCUCUCACUUACGGGGUCAGGUAUCUAUACAGAAAAUAUGUUAGUAAGGUCUUAAAAUGAAGGCAGUUCACAGGGAGGUAACUCAACUCAGACAUGUUCCUUUUAGGCAGGAGAUGAUAGAUGUCUAUUUCCCUGCAUGGUCAUAUGCGUGCUAUGAUUUGUACACCUGACAAUGUUGGAUCUAUUUUCAUACGGAACCUCGGGCAGAAGAAAUUAUCAUGAAAACCACCAAAGAGGAAUUUCACAGGCUGCGAGGAACAGUAGGGGGUGUCUGGUUUGUGCCUAAAGACAAAGGAUGUUUAGGGCAUUACUGGGGAACCAAAGGACAUGCAGAGAACUCCUGGUCAAGGAAGCAAGAUAACAAUGCCUUUGUCUUAUGGAAGGAGGGUCACAGCCAGCCUGGCUGUGAAAUGCUGUGAAGCAAUUAAGUCUAGAAUGUGCGUUAUGAUUGUGUUUUAUUCAUAACAUUUGGUUUCCAAUAUUUCUGCCUGCUCUCACUUGCAUCUCUG